UUUCAAGAAUACUAUAAGAUAUAUAAUAUUAUAACUUUUAAACUACCUCUCUAUUUAUUUCAUUUAAUCCAGCCACUUAAUAUUAGGUACUUUAGUAUAUUAAAACAGAUUGAGAUAUUUAUUAAGGCCUAUAUUAAUUAUAUUAUAAAAGUAAAGUUCUUUUUAGCUUUUAUAGUAGUAUAUAAGAAAUUAAUAAUAGCCCAAAAUACUUAG